AUGUCCGCCAUGCGAUACUAUCGGCAUCUAAACGAAAGCUUUACGAUGGAGGAACCGACACUGCUCGACGGGAUGGAUGGUGUGAAUCGGAUACAGAAGUCAAUUCGACUGCUUUCGGGUGAUGCGAUUGCGGAAAGCUCACCAUGGACCAGUCCCGCCCCGGCCGAUACGCCCCAUUUGAAAGAGAUAGAUCACAACGACGUUGACGAUUACGUGCCGUAUGAGCAGCGGCCGGAAACGUACAUUGUGCCGGUAGUGUUUGCGCUCAUCUUUAUCGUUGGCAUCGUGGGCAACGGGACGCUGGUGGUUAUAUUCUUGCGACACAGGGCGAUGCGUAACAUUCCCAACACCUACAUAUUCUCCUUGGCUUUGGCCGAUCUGUUGGUGAUACUGAUCUGUGUCCCGCUCGCUUCCAUGAUCUACACGCUCGAGUCUUGGCCGUGGGGUAGCGCCCUGUGCCGGGUGUCCGAGUUUGCGGAGGAAAUCUCCAUCGGUGUGUCCGUGUUCACGCUCACCGCACUGUCCGCCGAUCGGUACUGUGCCAUCGUGAAUCCACUCCGAAAGUUGCAGACGCGCCCAUUGACGGUGAUUGUUGCAUUUCUCAUCUGGGUGCUGGCCAUCAUCUGUGCGAUACCGUCCGUGGUGAUGUCGGACGUGGUGGUCGUCCACCUGGACCAGUCGAACAAAACAAUCGAAUACUGCUCACCAUUUGGACCCAGAUUGCAGGAGUUCAACUAUUCCAAGUACAAAACGGUGCUCAACUCAAUCGUUUACUACUUCCUGCCGCUGUCCAUCAUCGGCAUCCUUUACGUACUGAUGGCACACCGGCUGCACACGAGCGCGCGGGAAAUGCCGGGCGAGAAUGCGGGACCGCAGAGCCGCUCGCAGGCCCGUGCCCGCCGCCACGUCGCCCGCAUGGUCAUCACCUUCGUGGUUGUCUUCAUCGUGUGCUUUCUGCCGCAUCACGUGGUCGAGCUGUGGUUCCAUCUGAAUCCGCACGCCGAAGACGAUUACGAUGACUUCUGGCACAUUUUCCGCAUCACCGGCUUCUGUCUCAGUUUCCUCAACUCCUGCAUCAAUCCGGUCGCACUGUACUGCGUGUCGGGCGUCUUCCGGCAACACUUCCACCGGUACCUGUGCUGCCGCCCGAUGACGGUGCAGCGCCGAAUCGGUCUCUCGUCGGCCGGAAAUGCCUGCGAGACGAGUUUCGUGUCAACGAUCCGGCGCUCGCAGCACCACAGCAUCCGGAAGUCACUGUCGGUGCAGAGCGUCCACGGGAAGAGGUGA